AUGCAAUCCACCUCAGGAACACCCACCUCCCCAUCCUCGUGGGAAAUCUUGACCCCUGCCUACUUUUCAGCUCUUUCAGCCCCUUCUAAUGUUCCCCCUGGACGCCCAGUACGACCACCCCCCCAAUCCAAACCUCGCACGACUCGUCUAACCCCGCCUACUCUCAGGCUUACUCCACCCAAGCCCCCGUCUACACGUCCUACACGACCAACCUCUUCCACCUCUUUCACGUCAGACAGACCACCCACUCGGUCACGGACGAUAGGGAGUUCUUCCGAACGUGAAAAGGGCAAAGGUAAAGGACGACUAUCCGCGUCUGUUCCAUUUAGCCUAGAGCAGGACGGGCUCGAAGAGUGGCAUCCAGAGGAGAGGCCACCAAAGAAGAGGAGACGUGUCGAGUCCCCGGAACCGUCGACUGUCCUCUCCCUUCCUAACCCUCAAGGGUCUACACACCUACUUCCAUCAAGCACAACUCGAUAUAACGCUAUUCAAUCGCAAUCUUUACCCGCGAAACAGAGUAAAAUUGAUAGCGUAGAACAUGUGCUUUCGGUGGAAGAGGUGGUCGGCGAAACGGAAGGGGAAAACACUGCGCAUACAAACGAGGAGACGAACAGAGUCGACUCGUGGGGCUUUGAGGAUGGGUCUUUG